UGACAGCGCGAGAGGGUGCAUGGCGCUCCGCGUGCUGUGAAUGAAGGACAAACAAAGCCUCACACCAUCUGAAAGGAUUUGUGUCAAACUACAAGCUAUGGAGGAACCCUCAAAGUUUGAGCGAUAUGUUUACAAAAAUGCUUCAGUUUAUCAUUAUAUGAAAAUUUCUCUUGUUUUGGCGAAUGGAAACAGACAUAUUUCUUCUGCAGAUUUCAAACAAAUGGUCAUCCGUGGACUUAAAGAACUUUACGGAGAGAUUGGAGCUUCUAUUCCAUUUGAUCUGCUGAAGUUUGAUGAGAACGAAUUGACCGGCAUACUACGAGUGUACAACAGUGGCCUGGUGAAAUUGUGGAGUGCAUUAACGUUACUGGGAUCAUAUCAAAAUGAGGCAUGUGCAUUCAGAGUCACACAGGUGUCGCCAUUUUUGUUAGCACUGUCUGGGAAUAGCCGUGAGCUGCAGUUUGAAAACCAGUUGACAUCGUGAGUGGGGCACAGGUCGCUUUACAUCGGUGAACGGGCCUCGCUAAGCAAAACAUUCAGCGCCAGAGACGUCGCACUUUUUGCUGAGCUGACAGGGGACACGAAUCCUCUCCACCUCGACCCAGAGUACGCCAAAACGAC